AUGAGGGUGAGCAUCCAGAUUCUCGUGGCAUUGUUGUCAUCAAGUCGUCUCUCCGGACUUGUCAACGCCGACCUCGUCGGUAUCCCCACUGUCCCAUUUACGAACAGCCAGGGCGACGGCUUUGCCAUCUCCCGACUUGGUAGUAUCAUCGUCGACACGGCCUACGCAUCUUCCAAGGACGAAGAGGGAAGCACUUUGAUCCCACCGAGCCUUGUCGAGUUUGCCACCACUUUCUCCGAGGACCUACACGACAUCUUUGGCAUUCGAAUCCCAGUUUCUACCGGGCACACGCACCAGGAGAACAGCAUCUACCUGACGAUAGACAGAGAAGCUGAGUACCUCGAUGCGAGAUAUGAAGCAAGCUCCGAAGGCUACACUGUGACUGCUGGUACGGAUGGCAUCGUCAUCUCGGGGGCCAGCCCUCUCGGGGCAUGGUGGGGGACGCGGACUGUUUUGCAGCAGGCCAUUCUGAACGACGGGGUCAUGCCUCCCGGCUCUGGCGUGGACACACCGGGGUGGCCGACUCGAGGCAUGAUGCUUGAUUGCGGACGCCAGUAUUACCCUCCGGCAUUUAUCAUGGACAUGUGCUCGUACAUGUCGUUUUUCAAAAUGAACACGUUCCAUAUGCAUCUCAGCGACAACCUGUACGCCAAUCCGAACUACACCUACGACCAGCUCAUGGAACUCUAUGCCCGCUUUCGUCUAUACUCCCCAUCUCCGUCUGUAGCCGGUCUCGUCAAGUAUACCAACGAGUCUUAUACCAGAGAUGAAUUCGAGGCGAUGCAGAGACACUGUUCGAUGCGCGGCGUCACUAUCCUCCCAGAGAUUGAAGCUCCGGGACAUGCCCUGUCAAUUGUACAAUGGAAGCCGCAGCUUGGGUACGACACCGACUUGAGUCUUCUGAAUAUCACUCACCCGGAAACAAUGCCCACCAUGAAGGCUAUCUGGGAAGAGUUCCUCCCGUGGAUGCAUAGCAAGGUUGUGUCGAUCGGCGCAGACGAGUACACAGGCCCAGCGGAGGAAUAUAAUAUGUUUGUGAACGAGAUGGACAGUUUCAUCGGAGAAACAUCUGGGAAGUCCAUCCGCAUAUGGGGCACUUUCCCACCCGUCUACAACUCGACUUACAACAACAUCGACAAGAACGUUUCUAUCCAGCACUGGGAAUACUUUGAAGACAACCCAUACUUUGAUUAUAUAAGAAACGGAUACCAUGUCGUGAAUUCUAACGAUGAUUUCUACGUGGUCCAAAAGUGGUCGGGGAGCUAUCCGCAGACUAUCAAUCAGACAAAGGUUUUCCACGGAUCCCCAGAUGGGGAAAAGUGGUACCCCUACAUCUUCAAUCAAAACAACGUGUCGGACAACCCAUUCCGGAACAAUUCCUUCGUCCUCGGGGCCAUUGAGGCUCAGUGGAAUGAUUACGGCAGCAAUGCUUCGGUCUGUUCUGAGGCAUACUACUCUUGGAGAGAAGGCAUACCGUCCCUGGCCGACAAGCACUGGGGAGGGAAUCUUACAUGGUCCGACUUUGCCGACGUAUUUCCCAAGCUGCACCCAUCUAUCCCCGCUCAGGACCUGGAAAGGGCGAUCCCAUCGCGGGACAGCACGAUCCUCGACUACAGCUUUGACAAGGAGCACCAAGCCGAUGGGGCCGGGCAGCACAUCGUGAGAGAUGCGUCUCAGAACGGUUAUGACGCAACGACAACCUGUCGCCAAGACGGUAGCGCGCUCUCCAUCACACCAGAUUGCUCCCUCACAACACCGUGGUCCUCAAAGGGGCGCAACUACACCCUCAGCAUGACUCUGAAAGUAGACGGGCUGCCACAUGGAACAAACACAACCAUCAUCACUGGGGCCGACUCGACCCUGAUGCUCACACCGAAUAUUACCCUGUAUGCUGGGGGGAAUUAUUUCCGCCUGAAUUCCACAAUCCCAAGGGGUCAAUGGGUAGACCUUUCACUCAUCGGGCGAGGAAACCAGACGUUCGCAACGGUCGUCACAUCGAAGGGAGGGAAACUGUUGAGUAGUGAGGAGUUCUUGACCGUGAUGGGAAUCAACGGAGAUUACCAUGUCUGGGAUAUCAUGGCCAUCGAGGCGCCUGUCAAGGAGGUGACUGGUUGGACUGGGCAGCUCGCGAGGCUGAGUCUCAGUUCUCUUGCUGAACAGGUCCAAUGA